GCCCUGGCCCGCAUGCGCCCAACUCCCCCAGAAGAUGUGAUUUUAGCGGCCAUUCUAACGGCAUAUUCAGUGUCCAGCCAUAGAACGGGUUUAGAGGGAGACAAAGGCGCGGGUUUUACGGACGCUUAGUGCUUCCACCUGGCCUGGAUGUGGUGCUAUCUCUCUAUCAAACUUCAGACGCACGGCGAUCAAUCUUCUGUCUUAUAGCGCUUCACACGGGUAGGCCUGCAGCCACCCUCUGUUUGAAGCCAGUAUUCUUCCACACCCUGCCCCACCCACCGGCCGUUCGUCUACGACGCGGAGACAUGGUAGAGGUCGUGAUUGGGACCAUUGAGUUGUAUACCGCCCGUCGCAUCCUCGCCGAACUUCAACUCCGCAUCAACGGCUUCAACAUCUACGGCUAACACCACCGACUUCGAGUAGCGCGCGACACCCAGCGCUCACGUCGCAGCCUACAUGGCGACCAUGGUGCAGGCUGAAAGCGUGACUAGGACGCACCUCAAGACUCCUGAGGUCACCAUCGAUGUUCAGGAGAUACCUGGCGCAGUCAAACCGUCGCUGCUGAUCCUGCACAACGAAGGAGAGGAGGACAUCGUUGGCAUCUUCGCAGAUGUGCUGGGCCAGAAGUGGGAAUCCACUGUCUCAGUAGACGCUGUGAAAUCAGGGCCGCCGGAGACGGUGUAUGGCUUAAAGAACGGGCUUGCAGGCGCGCAACUCGAGAGCUGGGACCGGUCGAGACUGCUUAUCAACACACACCGUGUCGAUGGUGGUCAUGAACUGGACGAGGCCUUGACUGACCGCUGCGACUACGAGUACCUGUACACGCGCACGCCGUUCUUUCGUCGCGACGUCUCCCGCUACCUGUCUCUGAUUCUGGGGCAGAUUGCGCCUCACAGAGAUUUGACAAAGAAGGCACGCACAACGCUGAUUUCCACCACCUUCCCCGACGUACACGCCGCGCUACCGAACCUCGAUAUUCUGUCAGUGGGCGCAGAUGCUAUCGAGAUACGCGUCGAUUUGCUGGAAGAGCCACUGGCAGAUGGAACAGUGAACAAGGCGCCCACACAGGUACCUAGCUUGAAGUAUGUGGGCGAGCAGGUCAUGAUCCUGCGACAGCGCACAGAACUGCCCAUCAUCUACACAACGCGAUGCACCAACGAGAAUGGCCGGUUUCCCAUGGACGAUCCCAAUCUCUUUUACCGAUAUUUGGCGCGCGCGAUACAAUGGGGUUGCGAAUAUAUUGAUGUGGAACUGUGGUUGCCUGAGGAGAUUAGACGAAAGCUGGCACAGAACAAGGGCUGCAGCAAAAUCAUCUCUGCGUUCCACGACUUCUCGGGUACCUUUCAAUGGACAGCGCCGGAGACACAAAGGCUCUUCGAAAGGGGGGCGGUGUAUGGAGACAUCGUCAAGAUGUAUGCUCUAGUCAAUUCCAUGCAGGAGAAUUACGAGCUUGAGUACUUCAGGUCGACCAUCCAGACCAAGUACCCACACCCACCCUUUUCUGGACUGAACAUGGGUCCGACCGGGCAGCUGUCCCGUACCAUGAACAAGAUAUUCACACCGAUAACACAUCCGUUGCUGCCAAGAAUUGCAGCGCCUGGUCAGCUAAGCGCUGCCGAGAUCAACGCAGCACUGCACACCAUGGGCCAGGUACCAAAGCAGGACAUAUAUGGUAUUGGCAGUGUCCGAUCCACAUCACAAGCAAUGUUCUUUGAGAAAUGCUUCAAUGAGCUUAGUCUUCCACACUCUUUCAUGUUCGCACCCAGAACGCCAAAGGCCUCGAUCGAACACAUCCUGCGGCGUCCUAAUUUUGGAGGAGCGUACAUCAAUCCUCCAUUAGCGGCAUCUUCGGCUGCAUAUCUCCCCUCCCUGUCCAAUGCUGCACGAGCCAUAGGGCAGGUUGACACGGUGCUGGUACGCCCAGGCACUAACAGCCCAUCCUUCAUCGGCGACAAUGCGAGAUGGAAGGGCAUUCGCGCAACAUUAACCCGGGAUUUUGUGCCUUCGGCGUACAGCGGUGCCGCCGCACUUCUCCUCGCUAGUAACGAGGCUGAUGCAUCGGCAUCGAUCUUCGCACUGAAGAGUCUGGGCAUAGGGCCUAUUUACACAAUAGGGUUCAGAUCAAACGGCCCACUGUCAACUGAUGUGCAACCGGUGCGGUCUGUCGAGGAUGUGAAGCGAUUAGAGCAGCCAUUUGUUAUCAUUUCGGCUCUCCCAGCAGAGAAGUCGCUACUCGUUGUUCCUUUAUUGAAGCACUACAGAGUUGAUGGGCGUAAUGGCAGCACGAACGGGCAUGGUAGGGCAGGAGGGAAGCCUGCAGGCAAGGUGUUCGUCGACUUGGCCAGUGGGCCCCGUAAAGCUGACCCACUGGCCAUCGCAACAUCAGCGGGAUGGACUGCAUAUGGAAUUAGUGAUGUCUCGGCGUGGACAACAGUCGAGACGCUCAGGCAACUUGUCGGGCAGAAUGUGUGUUACGAUUUCGUACGUCUAGCAUCGGGAAGGGGUCUCUUCUAGAGUCGAGUAAUCAAGACCAGUUUUAUACAAA